UAGUGUUUACAUACAGGAGCGUACUAGCGCCUGGUAUAGGUUUUUACCGGUAUAUUUUUAACGCGUGAACCAACGAAGUAAAGUUAUUCAAAGUUUUGGAAACUCUUCCCAAUCGUUAUUGUUAUUUAAUCUAACAUAAAUUUUUGGGGAAAAGUAAAGGAAAAUGGCAAGAGCUCCUCUAGGCCAAACGCAUGACUUGGCCGGCUUGCCAUAUCUCGAUGAAGAAGUUCUUCUAGCUGAGCUGAAACAUCGGUAUAAUGGUGAUCAAAUCUAUUCUUAUGUUGGAGAUAUCCUGGUCGCCAUCAACCCGUUCCGUGACUUGGGCAUCUAUGGACAGAAGUACGCAGAUCAGUACAAGCAAACCAAACGUAAAGAUAACCCCCCUCACAUCUUUGCUGUAUCAGACCUGUCUUAUCAGUUCAUGCUCUCAGGGAAUGCGGUAGGAGGAAAGAGGAAUCAAUGUAUCGUCAUCAGUGGGGAGAGUGGAGCAGGGAAGACAGAGAGUACCAAACUCAUCAUUAAACAACUCAUUGAACUAUGCAAGGGCAAAUCUCAGCUCGAACAACAAAUCCUACAGGUCAACCCCCUGUUAGAAGCUUUUGGCAAUGCUCAAACAGUCAUGAAUGAUAAUUCCAGUCGCUUUGGAAAAUACAUCCAACUCAAAUUCAAGCAAGGAACAGUGAUGGGAGCCAAGAUCUCAGAGUACCUCUUGGAGAAGUCCCGGGUGGUCUUCCAGAAUCCAGGAGAAGAGAACUUCCACAUCUUCUAUUACAUGCUGGCUGGGCUGGAUGAGGAGAUGAAGAAGAAGCUACAGCUGGAGAACGCUUCAGAUUAUCUGUAUUUACGGAAUGGCCCAUCUUGUCUGAAGAACAAUCCAGCUGGACUGAAGAAGUACUUUGAUGAGCUCAUUAAUGCCAUGGACCUAGUGGGCUUCUUGGAAGAGGAGAAAGAAGACAUGUUUCAUAUUCUAGCCAGCGUGCUAGCUCUAGGACAGCUGAAGAUAGAGGCUAACGAGGAGGAUGCAGCAUACGUCACGAAUCCUGAGGCUGCUCAGAAAGUCGGGGAUCUUCUAGGGAUUGCUAAGGAAGACCUGAUGUCCGCCUUGACCUACACCACCAGUGUGGCGCAUGGGGAGAGGUUUCAGAGGAACUAUUCCAAAGCACAAGCUCACGAUGCCCGAGAUGCAAUGACGAAGGCCCUGUAUGGCCGUCUCUUCAGCUGGAUUGUCAACAAGAUCAACCAGCUACUGGCUCCAGAAGAACAACUUGAUCCUAGCCAGGCUAGUGAGAUAGGUAUUCUGGAUAUCUUUGGGUUUGAGCACCUACAGACAAACAGCUUUGAGCAAGCUUGUAUCAACCUAGCCAACGAACAGCUCCAAUUCUUCUUCAAUCAGCAUAUUUUCCUGUUAGAACAGGACGAGUACAAGAGAGAAGGCAUUGAUUGGUCCAACAUCCCAUUCGUUAACAAUGAACCACUCCUGGGUCUUUUCAUGGCCAAACCAAUUGGUAUCUUGGCUCUUGUGGAUGAAGAAACCCUCUUCCCUCAGGGUAAUGAUCACAGCUUGGUGGAGAAGAUGAAUAAACACUUUGCUCGUAAUCAUCACUACAUCAAAGCAAAGAUCUCCACCAGUAAUACAUUCAGUAUUGAUCACUACGCCGGAAGGGUAUCUUACAACGCUACUGGCUUCUUGGACAAGAACAGGGAUACUCUUCCAAACGGAGUUACAACCAUAUUGCAGAACAGCAGCAAUGACCUUCUAGCACGCAUAUUCCGAGGCACCAUUACCAGGACGGGAACCCUAGCUCUACAGAAUAGGCUGAGCAAGAAACGAUCUAGGAAGUCUCUCAAAAAGAGAGGAGGUCCUAAGGGUACAGUCAAGAAGAUCACUGUUGGAGCACAGUUCAAGACAUCACUAGCUAUCCUGAUGGAGCUUCUGAACAAGUCCAAUCCUCACUUUGUCAGAUGCGUCAAACCAAACACUUCCAAGUCUGCAAGAAACUUUGAUGAUACGUAUGUCACGGCACAGUUGAGAUACACCGGUAUGCUGGAGACGACCAAGAUCAGACGUCUAGGCUACGCCAUCAGACCACAGUUUGCUGACUUUGUCAACAGGUACAACGUACUUGCUCUAAGUCCUAAGCUGGCUACUGAUCACAGAGGAUGCGUCAAGAUCUUAGAAACCAUCGGACUCAAGGACUGGAAAGUGGGGAAGACCAAGUUAUUCUUGAAGUACUACCACCAGGACAUGCUCGAGGAGAAGAUGAGGAAAAUGGGUGAAUCGGCUGUUCAUCUCACAAGAUUGGUACGAGGGUUCCUAGCUAGACGUCUGUUCAGACGGCUCAAUGCGAAAGCUGCCAAGGAGAAGGCCGAGAGUGAAGCCUUCCUGGCCAAAGUAGCAGCUUUGAGUCUCAAGCAAACAAACAACAUGAUGGACAUGCUACAGAAAGAUAAGAUGAUUCCACAUGAGUUUGUUGAGAAGCUGCAUAAUUCUACAGGUGUGGUGAUGUUUGAUGCCAAUGCUCCAAUCAUACAAGAACCUGAACCAAUAAUUGUGGUAGAGAAGGCUGCACCCCCGAAGAGGACGAUGAGGAUGAGGAUGACGACGAUGAUGAAGAUGAUGACGUGAUCGAGGAUGAGUUUGUAAAGCAUUCUAAUAGUAAGUUUGGACGGAUUGGGACUAAGGGUGCUUCCAUUAUGUGGUUUAAGGAGACACAGUCGACGAAGCUCAAGAAAGAUGGGGGCACCUUCUACCCUGGUUCCAUGGAAUAAUUACCCGCAGACAAGCAGAGGAGCUGCUACAAACCAAGCCAGUAGGAGCCUAUCUCAUCAGGGUUAGUGAAAGUCGAUUUGGAUAUUCACUUUCACUCAG